CGGUCACAAACACACUUCCACGGCUCGUGCAGACGACGGGCCUGUGUUGUUGGCCCGAAGAAAAUCGUCCACUUUGGACGAGGUUCAACCUUUCGGCCUGUCGUGGUGUACAGACGCGCUGGCAGCUAGCUCGCUUCCGGUGCCCUUCGCUUGAAUAUCUGGCGUGUACUCCGUACCUGUCCGCUCCUCUCCGUCCUGUUUGCAUGAGAGGCGUUUCACGCCUGUCCGACCGGUUUUGCUUCUGGUUUUAUGAACACGCGCGUAGCGCACGCCGGAGUAGGACGCCACCCAUGCAACAUGGCGGCGAAACCAAGCCGUUUUCAGUGCGCUGGGAGUUUCAUCUGAGCCGUGUGCGGUGAAGAGCGAGACCAUGUGAAAUGCGCCCGCAAGUGCCGUUACCCGAUCCCUCCGAGGCUUCGUCCGCCAGUUCGUGAGCCUCACUUGCCGCUUGAAAACCCAGCGCGCCGUAAGGAAAGUCUCUCCGUUCUUUUGUUUCGCUCGUGACGGCAAGCGAGUGUGCCGCUGAAGGAUUGCUUGCGCGGGCACUGUCUUGUCAACGACCUAUGGAUUGCUCGUCUCACUGAUUUUUCCCUUGUUCCUGGUUGCUUGGAGAAGUAGGCUGGCAUGGAGCGACGUUGGCUUUGGCUUCUUUUCACAUGGCUUCCAGCCUGCAACUCCCUCAAAGGACCUCGAAUCGUCUCGCUGGAGAACUCAACAGAGACCACACUGGAUAUCAAGUGGACCCCAGUGGCCUCAACAAAUGUCAACCAGUACACGGUUCGUGCCAGCCCAAUUCAGACCUAUGGCCCCCUGUUAGGUCCAAGCCAGGAGUGGAAAUACACAAGUGCUCGCCAGGCUGGCCUCUUGGGCCUGCACCCAGGCACCCUGUACAAUGUUAGCGUGUGGGCCGAUACAGCCGAGGGCCCCAGCGAGACCACUUCAAUAGUGGUUUGGACGGAAGUUGGAGAGCCAGACCUGCCACCUACUGUACAAGUUCUGUCACGCAAUGGCACCCAGAUGGUCGUGCAGCUCUCACCAGGGACAAGUUCCAGAGGUCCAAUUACGGGUUAUCGACUCGUUGCAUUUGAGCGGAGUAGCCUCAUGGCAUUUAGCCCGGAGCGGCUGGCAGGGCAUCAAGAAGCUGCAGAGGCCGGCACGCCGUUCUACAUUGCGGCUGAACUGGGACCAGAGUGGGAAAAUCGGACAUUCGUAUUCGGUGAUGGCCGCUCCUACGGUGGAUUUAUCAACGCCCCCUUGUCGCCCAGUGAAGACUACCUUCCAAUUCAAGGUGUUGCCAGCACGCUCAAUGGGGUAACCAAAUAUGCGUACUCGGUGGAAGGCCCAAGCACGGAACGCAUUCAGCCACCUGUUAUUGUAAUGGACGAGAGGUCACAAGUGUUGUCCUCGUGGCUCUCGGCUGCUACGGCCCUGGGCGCGUGCCUGCUGUUGGCAUUCAUCGUGGCUUAUGUCUUUGCUCGGCGCCACUACAGCCGCCGCAGGAGGCGCACCGAGGAGUUGAUGCUGCGCUCUCACCCGAGCUUGGACAUGGACGAUGUCACUCCAUUUAGUGCGGGCUCGCUGCAACUGGGCGAGGGAGCCGACCUGGGGGCGUUCUACACCCAGCUGCGUUCUAUGCUGCCCCUGGUGCCUCGGUCGCGACUGCUCCUCUCGGAUACCACGCUCGGCCAGGGCCGAUUCGGGCCAGUCCGAGCCGGGCACCUUGUCACAGAGGACAGCCGAAAGGUGCCAGUGAGCGUGCAACGCUGUCCAGCCGAGUGGACACUGCCAGAUCAUGAACGCAGAAGUCUUCUGGCAGAUAUUGAGGUCAUGCUUCGCAUCGGCAGUCACCCCAACGUGGUCCAAUUCAUGGGCGCUUGUGAAGACGAGCCUGAGCUGCUUCAAUUGGCUGUAGAGCAGCCUUCGAGUUCACUGCGUGGCCUCUUGCUGACCAGUCGCCACGGUGCAGAGGGCAGAGUGUCGGCGAUCCCUGAGGAACGCCUCGUCGGCCUGCUGGUGUCAUUGGCAGCGGGCAUGCACCAUUUGUCAUCCAGAGGGAUCCAGCAUGGCCAAUUGUCCACUCGGUGUGUAACCAUGGUCGAACCACUGAUGCCCAAGAUCAGCUAUUUUGGUCUAGCCCGGUAUAGCCCUCUAGGAAAGAAACUCGACUUCACCCGGUGGUUAGCCCCUGAAACCCUGAGGACUGGAAGCCACACAGAGAAGAGUGACGUGUGGUCCUUUGCAGUACUUAUGUGGGAAACAUUCACCUUAGGUGGAAGUCCAUAUGUGGAUCUAUCAACUUCCGAGGUGGCUGACCGUGUGAUGCGGGGCCUGAGGCUGACAAGGCCACGAGGAGUGUCGAUUCCCCUCUAUCGUCUCAUGCAACAGUGCUGGCAUCAACAGGCCAGGGACCGGCCCACUUUCCAAGAACUGCACAGUUCCCUCCAAGCAUUACAACCAGACGCCCUGCAGUUCACCUACCACGCCGGAUAUACGUACAACAAGUUCAACCCCCUGGCUGACGAAGCAUGACAAGCCAGCAGAGGCCAUCUACUCCAGCCAUGGCUGCUUGCAAGUGAAGCCCGGUGACCCGGCAGCUACAUUCCAGGAAUCCACAACAGUGGACAGUAGUUUUUUCACUUGCAGCAGCAUUGUAAAGAAUCUCAAGACGGGCACUUCAGGGCACACGAGUUUGAUGAAGUGUUGCACAGACGUGUGUGUGUGUGUGCAUGAAACUCAGUUCACCACAAAGGAAGGGAGGCUUUCGCAUUUGGUAUUCAAGGUGACUCUCACGUUUCUCAUUGCAUGGAAGGUACCAACAAGGAAAAGGUCAUUACUUUGAGCUCAGAUUUCUGAACACAACACAAUGAAGAAAAGUCACAGGAAGAAAGGGCACCACAAUCUCUAAAACAUGGCAGAGUACCAAGCAGCACCCAAUGCAAUUAUUAGCAAUUAAUGCACAACUACAACAGCAGUUCUAAGGGUCUCAUAGGAUGGAGUCCUGACUACACCCCCCCAUCCCGCCUCGUUUCUGCUUCCCCCCUGUAGCAUAUUUGCCAUCACUCCCUGAUUUUUCAUGAUGUCUACGAAUUUGGGCCUGUUCCACAAUUUUAUGAGUGUUGCGCCAAGUUUUGCAAAAAGCAGAUUCUAUUUGAGAAAAAAAUUUCUGAACGUGUCAAAACAUGGCGACAGUGCAAAGUUGCGAAAGAAUGCAUACAAGAAAAAAAAUUGUGAUGGUACCUAUGCCACCCUUUCAUGGCAGCACAAGAUGCCAUAUACCAGAGGGAUGCUUGCUUCGAGAGAGUUUAUUCAGACAAGCUUAUGAUGCAUGCAAAAUUGGCAACAGCAAAGUCGUUGAAAGGUCUGUGGGGUCAGAGAAUAAUAUGCUGCUUUUCAAUCUCUGCUGUGCCAAGUUUGUUUGGUCUUGCGGGCUGCAUCUAAACCUAAAUCAUUGUUAAUGAAAUGUGUCUGUAUCCCACAAAACGUGUCCUUAGGGCAAAGCUUAAAAAUAAAUGCGUGCAACCCCCCCCCCCCCCCCCCCAAUUUGUCAUGUCAGCAAGAUUUUGAAGAAUUUUAAAGUUUACAUGUUGGCAGGUAAUCCCACAGUGACAUGUCGGAGCGAGGCGUGAAAAAGCAGUACGAAGAAAUGGCUGCCAAAACGGAUAAUCCCACAAAACCUGUGUCCUCAAUGUAAUGUAUAAAGAGGAAUGCGUGCAACCCCCCCCCCCCCCCCCCAGUUUGUGAUGUCCGCAAGAUUUUGAAGAAUUUGAAAGUUCACAGGUUGGCAGGUAUCCCGCAGUGACAUGUCGGAGCGAGGUGUGGAAAAGCAGUAAGAAGGAAUGGCUGCCGAAACAGAUACUAGAGGAAGUCAAAGCCCAUGGUACAGUGCCAUAGAACAUUUAUGAAAUUCACUGAUGCAAUACCAGCAAUCUGCUGUUCUGCUUCUGCUUUCUACCAGUAGCAAGUCAUCAAGACCCUCCAGAGUGUCACACCACCUCCAUGCCAAAAGACUCCCCCACAAGACACAUCAGCUCCUGUUCUUCUUUAGUGCUGUGUUCAUGGCGCACUGUCAGUAGGUUAUUUUUUUUUCUUUCCUACUUGGCAUUGACCUCUUGACUUCAAUUUCCUUUCUAUACUCAUGACAAUGACAUAACACAUGUUACUAGGCACGCUCAAACAACCAAUAGCUCACUCAGUUUUCUAAGCAACUGAAAAGGUAUGUGCAAAUAGCCAUCAAAAUGGCUAUUUGAACAUACCCGCGUGAUAUGGUGCAAGAUGUGUGUGCCACAUGUAAUGAAUAUCUAAGGUUCCUGUGUAAAGCAAGUUAUUUGACCCACCUGCCAUCACGUGGCUGACCUGGCAGGUGUACCUUGCAGCAUGUAUAGCCCAAUGUGGCCAUUUUCGGACUAAAAAGUGGAUAAUCACUUCUAUAAGCUGCUUCGCUGCUUCAUUCCACAUUAGCAUUGCUUCUCUUUGUAUGUGUGUGUGUAUACAUGUGUUCAUUCUCACCAAAUGCACAGAAAAGCAAUGAUAAAAAAGCAAACAUUUGCCAUGUUCUAGAACAGCUUUUAUACAGCACGUGCUUUCAGGGUGGGUUGUUUGACGUGGUUUAGAGUGGAAUCUUAUGGUUCUUCCAGCAAUGUGCUGAGCAUAAGUAAUUUCAAGUUGUCUUUCUGUGAUACUCUUACGUACUCAUGCAAAGCACACGGUCCGUGUGACUUAGAAAGUUUCCGUCCUACACCUUUUUUCUCAACUGUUCUUGUUACUUUAUUCUUUUUCUUUAUGUUCAAGGUAGGGGCAAUCUAGGUAGUGGUCCAACGUAUACAUUCCAAAUGAAGUAGUCACAGUUCAACUUGGCUGAACAUGCAUCAGAAUUUGUGCAGCAUUUUCAGCAAAUUAUCGCCUGAAAUGCAACAAUACCUUGGUUUGGGCGAGCUGGUUAAUCUUGACAGUUUUCAAUAAAAAAGCGCUGUAGAUGAAGGCAAAAAGGCACACAUAUGACAGGAUGGGCGCCGAACUUCCUAGUGGCGCUUAUUUCAAACCAUCAUCUAUUUAAGCACUACACAUCAGGUACAUCAUGCACGCAUCAUCAUACAAAAGAUUGCAUGAGUCAUACAGUUCAUACAAUACUAUUGUAUGGUCAAUCACCUAGAUACCUCGAAAGAAAUGUCAUUUCUUUUUCCUUCCAUGCUAAAGACGGACAGCGGAUGCACUUGUUCACCAAAUUGAACACAGUGCGUCUAGCCAAGUAGACAGACUGAAACAUGCAGAAUUUCCAGCGUCUGUCACUUUGUCUUUGAGACAUUACUUCAAAAAUUAAAACAGGGACAACAGUGCCCAACCGAAGAUUGUGGCAAAAGACCAAUGCAUGUAACUCCAUACCUCCAUAAUGUUUCGCAUAACUUGAAAAAGGUCACAAACCGACACAAUGUCAAUCCAGUUUUUUCAGCGCCUUUAAGUUGUCAGCAGUGUGUAACCGGAAAAACAAAAAACACAAGAAACGCACGCAAUGCCAUGCUAACCACCGGACCAAUUACACCAAAUGUACUUCAGAUGUUGUGUAUCAGAUACCCUUAGAUUGUGGACACACUAUAGAGAACAAACUGGCCAGUGCUUCAACGACAGGGCUAGACAACACAAUAAUGACAGACAAGGACACAGUAGUCACUUGGCUGAUCACUGCAAAAAGUGCGCAUGCAAACACAUGUUUGGCAACACUACUUUCUUGAGGAAAGAAAAAGAAAAAAUAAAGCAAGAUAGUUGAAGCGUAUUUUAUAAGGAAGGCAGGUGACAAGUGCACUUUUGAACUGUCCGUCUUUGGCUUUGCAGCAAAAAUAAGUGCCAUUUCUUUCGACAUAUCUGGGAACGUGAACUGAAUGACCAUAUAUUAGUACGUAUGAACUGUAUGCCUUAGACAGUCUUUUGUAUGAUGAUGCGUGCAUGAUGUACCGAUGCACAGUGCUUAAAUAGAUUAUUGUUUGAAAUAAAUGCCAGUUGGAAGUUCAGGGCCCAUCCUGCCAUAUGUGUGCCUUUUUUGUCCUAAUAUUUAGCACUUUACGAAAACGGUCAAUCAAAAUGCAUUUGUGACUUCAAUAAAAAGUGGUUCAGGGUCCCUUUAAGAAAGCAUAGAUGAACAAAGCCCAAACGCAUUUCUCUAUUUGAAUUGUGUGUACAAGGUCGCCCACUCUUAUGGGCAAACAUCUUGUUAGAAUCCAGUCCAUUUAUAACCCCAUGUAAGUGGACAACCCUGUGAGCGAGCCUUUCCAUUCAAGUGUUUAGAGAAUGAACAUCACCCCAGGUUGCAUGCAACUUUUCACUAUGUACACCACUGGGAAAAAGUAUUCAACAUUAACGGCACACUUUCGAUGCCAAUAGGUGGUGUCCAAAUCACAACCCCCGGUGACGGCUCCCUUGCAGUAGCAAGAGCCAAUCUCGAAGGCCAUGCUUUUACACACUGCAUGCGCUGGAACCAAGUCAUGGUUGCCAUGUUUUGGACACCACUUAUACAACAAUGGGGAGCAUUUACAAUAGUUGUGAAACAAUGGUCUAGUUGUUCAUGUGUGAAAAGUGCUCAAUGUAUGUUGUAUGUAAUAGUAGUCUGCUUAUACAUAAUUAUAACUGUUUAUAACAGUGCGGUAUAUGUCAUAUAUUGGAGGCUGUGUAAAACUAGCUUAGAUACUCCAAUUAUAUGCAGUCAUACAAUUGAUUUCGCAACCUAUUCAACAUUGAACUGAAUUUGGCCCAUACUCAGAACAGUUAUCCCUUCUUUGUAAUUGCACUUGAAUUUUGUAAACCUCCUUCAAUUUCGUAAACCUUUUUUUAUAUAUACAUUCAUGACAGUACUAUGUAGAUUUUGAUUUCAUUCCAAGGUGAGGUUUUGUUGGCUUUCUUUGUUUUGCAUUCACAUUUUUUAACCAAAGCCCUGCUUUUUUGUCAAAGUGACUGUGAACGCGAUCUUGCAUUUCUACCUGACUAGCCAAUAUUUCAUUUCACAUCUGGCUCACUGUGAGCCAUCACAGAGAUACAAUACUAUUCAUUCUUAUUUUUCCACUUACACUGCACAUUUUUCUGCCUGUUCAAGGUUGUGUAUAUUUCCUAAUUCAUAUACCCUAUUGCUACAAGGACAGGUAAACUGACAACACAUAGCGUAAUUAAUCAUCACGCUUUUCAUUCCUUUUGUUUCUGUGACACCGAGCAAAACACUUAAUAAUGUUGUGAAAACCUGUAAAACUCUGUGAACGUGGGAUAAUAACAAUCCAGUUACACAUUACUAGAAUGUAUACGUGUGCUAUUAUUGCAAGCUGCUGUACAUCUACGGGAUCACUCACUGAUAAGGGCGUGUGCGAAUAUUAGAAAUUUAGAAUACAAAUUGAAUAUGUCAGCUUCAAAUCAAAGUGCUGCAUUCAAUUUCUUCAAAUAUUCGAUUAUCGCCACAUGCGCAUGGCCACUGCGUUUACUGAAGCUUGUCUGCCAGGGCAAAUGGCCAUUUCAAGUGUCCAAUGUGAGCCAGCCAGGAAGUAUAUGGCUCAUUUCUAAACUGCCCAGUUGAAUGAACUUGAAAUGAUAUUCGCACGUAACGUACAAUCUUUGGGCCGAGACCGCCACACUGGCUACAGGCUGCUUAAAUGACUUGGGUUUGCCAUAAGUUCCAAUAGCCUUGGGAAUGAAAAGAGCUUUUGUAUCCAAUGAUCUGGAGUGUAACGAGCAUCACAAGAACCACUUAUGUAUGGUGGAGGGACAGAGCAGCCCAUAAACUUUUGACAGAAACUGUGCAUGAGUUCAUUCACUUCCUCUCUCUUUUUGCAUCUGUGCCACAAUUCUGUUCAUUCCCUGCCACUCUCUUUCUUUUCCUACUUUUAGGAGUAGGGAAAUAUUUAGUAUGCAAUGCAGUAUUCAAAUCUUUUUUUUCCCUAAUAUUUAUAUUCAUUUUGAGAGUUUCACUGUUCGAAUAUCCCUACUUUUACAGAUGUGCUGCGCUCAAUUUGUGCAGUGGGUUGCAACUUGAGGAACCACGUCAUAUCAUGUUUGUGCAAUAUUCUGUCAAACCUGUGUGCCCUGUUGUUUCUUGCGACGUCAAGAAUGUCUACUCAAGUUUCUUCGUUUUACCUGCAUCACUCGUCGCAGCUCUUGUCAACCGCUGUGCAUUGAAGGCACUUCGAGGAUUGUUCAGCAAGAUUAUACGUCCUCUGCGAUGUCAUUCACUGCCUUUGUACACUUGCAAGGUUUUUUAUACCGGUGCUUUUAUUUUACAUUUAACGCUGGAGCUCGUCCUUGCAAUAUGCUCAGAUAGACUUGUGUUAUUGAAAUAAAGAUAUGCUUCUUUUUUUAA